UCCUGGUGGCAGCGGAGGCUGCGGCUGCGGCCGGCCCGCAGGAGGUGCCCGAGGGAGCCGAGGAGGGGGAGGCCGUGUGAUGGCCCUGGACGGAGAGCGGGAGCAAGAAGAAGAGAAGAAAAAGAAGAAGAAAAAAAAGAAGAGGAGGAAGAAGAAGGAGGGGGCCGAGAAGAACAGCGUGCCCUUCAGCCCCAUGAUGAUCGAGGACGACUCGGCGCUCCGGACCGGCGGCAGGGGGCUCUCGGACCAGUGGGCGGACUCGAUGGGGGUGCGGCCCCGCACCACUGAGCGCCACAUCACCGUGCACAAGCGGCUGGUGCUCGGCUUCGCCGUGUCCAUCCUGGCGCUGCUGGUGGUGACUAUGAUCGCAGUGCUCCUCAGCUUGCGCUUCGAGGAGUGCGGGGCAAGCUCCGCAGCGGCCGCAGCGGGGACCGAGGCAGAUGGCGCUCCUGGGGGUGCCCCGGCUCGGACCAGCAGCAACAGCAGCGUAGCAGGCUCGUCCCACCGGCCUGGAGGGGAGCCCGGGAGGCCGGGGGCUCCCGGGGGCGUCGCGCCUGGGAGCCCUGCACCCAAGGAGCCGUCGGAAGAGGAGGAGCAGGGACGCUGGCAGCCCUGGACUCAGCUGCGCCUGCCUGGUCACCUGAAACCCCUGCAUUACAACCUGAUGCUGACCGUCUUCAUGGAGAACUUUACUUUCUCUGGGGAGGUCAACGUGGAGGUAGCGUGCCUCAACGCCACUCGCUAUAUCGUGCUGCAUGCCUCCAGGGUGGUGGUGGAGAGGGUGCAGGUGGCGGAGGAUCGCGCCUUCGGGGCGGUGCAGGUCGCCCGUUAUUUCCUGUACCCACAAAACCAGGUCUUCGUGGUGGUGCUCAACCGGACCCUGGAGGCGCAGAGGAAUUACAAUCUCAAAAUCAUUUACAACGCCUUUAUCGAGAAUGAGCUGCUGGGCUUCUUCCGCAGCUCCUACGUGCUUCACGGGGAGAGAAGGUUCCUUGGUGUAACACAGUUCUCUCCGACACAUGCAAGAAAGGCCUUUCCCUGUUUUGAUGAACCCAUCUACAAGGCGACUUUUAAAAUCAGUAUUAAGCAUCAAGCCACAUAUUUGUCUUUAUCUAAUAUGCCAGUAGAAACUUCAGUUUUUGAGGAAGACGGAUGGGUUACAGAUCACUUUUCACAGACCCCGCUCAUGUCCACCUAUUACUUAGCCUGGGCUGUAUGCAACUUCACUUUUCGGGAGAAGGUCACAAAGAGUGGAGUCGUAGUGCGAUUAUAUGCAAGACCUGAUGCAGUCAGAAGAGGAUCUGGGGAUUAUGCUCUCCAUAUAACAAAGAGAUUGAUAGAGUUUUAUGAAGACUACUUCAAAGUGCCCUAUUCUCUUCCAAAACUAGAUCUUUUAGCUGUGCCUAAGCAUCCAUAUGCUGCUAUGGAGAACUGGGGACUAAGUGUUUUUGUGGAGCAAAGGGUACUCCUGGAUCCCAGUAUUUCAUCCAUUUCCUAUUUGCUGGAUGUCACAAUGGUCAUUGUCCAUGAGAUAUGCCACCAGUGGUUUGGUGACCUUGUGACUCCUGUCUGGUGGGAGGAUGUAUGGCUGAAAGAAGGCUUUGCUCACUAUUUUGAAUUUGUUGGGACUGACUACCUCUACCCAGGCUGGAAUAUGGAAAAACAGAGAUUUCUGACUGAUGUGCUCCAUGAAGUGAUGCUACUGGAUGGCCUGGCCAGUUCACACCCAGUAUCCCAAGAAGUGAUCCAAGCCACUGACAUUGACAGGGUUUUUGACUGGAUCGCAUAUAAAAAGGGUGCAGCUUUAAUUCGAAUGUUGGCUAAUUUUAUGGGCCACUCAGUGUUUCAGAGGGGUUUACAAGAUUAUUUAACCAUUCAUAAAUAUGGCAAUGCAGCCAGAAAUGAUCUGUGGGAUACACUGUCAGAGGCUUUAAGAAAGAAUGGAAAAUAUGUAAAUAUUCAAGAAGUAAUGGAUCAAUGGACUCUCCAGAUGGGUUAUCCUGUCAUCACCAUCUUGGGAAAUGGAACAGUUCACAAUAUGAUAGGCAUUACCCAGCAACAUUUUAUUUAUGACAGCAGGGCUAGAGUCAAGACCACUGAGUUUGGAAACAACAGUUACUUAUGGCAGAUCCCAUUAACCAUUGUAGUAGGAAAUAGGAGCCAUAUCUCAUCAGAGACAAUUAUAUGGGUGUCUAACAAAUCAGAACAUCACAGAAUUACUGUGGACAAAGGAAGCUGGUUGCUGGGGAAUAUCAAUCAGACUGGCUAUUUCAGGGUCAACUAUGAUCUAAGGAACUGGAGAUUAUUAAUGGACCAACUAAUACAGAACCAUGAGGUUCUCUCUGUCAGCAAUCGUGCAGGUUUGAUCGAUGAUGCCUUCAGCCUGGCCAGAGCUGGCUAUUUGCCUCAGAAUAUUCCCCUGGAGAUUAUCAGAUACCUUUCUGAGGAGAAGGAUUUUCUUCCGUGGCAUGCUGCCAGCCGGGCUCUUUAUCCCCUAGAUAAAUUACUGGACCGAAUGGAGAACUACAAUGUCUUUAAUGAAUAUAUUUUAAAACAAGUUGCAACGAUGUACAUCAAGCUUGGAUGGCCAACAAAUAAUUUUAAUGGAUCCCUUGUUCAGGCAUCUUACCAACUGCCCAGAGAGUUACGGCGAGAAGUUAUAAUGCUGGCAUGCAGCUUUGGUAACAAACACUGUCACCAACAGGCUUCAACGCUUAUUUCAGACUGGAUUUCCAGCAAUAGGAACCGAAUACCUCUAAAUGUCAGAGAUAUUGUCUAUUGUACGGGAGUUUCGCUAUUAGAUGAAGAUGUCUGGGAGUUCAUCUGGAUGAAAUUCCACUCUACAACAGCAGUAUCUGAGAAGAAAAUAUUAUUGGAAGCCUUAACUUGUAGCGAUGACAGAAACUUAUUAAAUCGGCUUCUGAAUCUAUCACUGAAUUCCGAGGUUGUAUUGGAUCAAGAUGCAAUUGACGUCAUAAUCCACGUAGCUCGAAAUCCUCAUGGCAGAGAUCUUGCAUGGAAGUUUUUCAGAGAUAAAUGGAAGAUAUUAAAUACCAGAUAUGGAGAAGCUUUAUUUAUGAAUUCCAAGCUUAUCAGUGGAGUCACAGAAUUUCUUAAUACAGAAGGCGAACUCAAUGAGCUGAAAAACUUCAUAAAGAACUACGAUGGGGCAGCAGCUGCAUCCUUCUCCCGGGCUGUGGAGACUGUGGAAGCCAACGUUCGAUGGCAAAAGUAUUACAAAGAAGAACUUUUCCAUUGGUUACGAAAAGCCCUCAGGCACUAGUCUGUCUCUCUUAAAGACAAUGUAACAUGAAAUACCAGGAGAGGAAAGUAGCAUCAUUCAAAGGGAAAUGCUUCACAGCAAAAUGGCAAAGACAAGAUCGGAUUUGCAGGGUGUUUGGUGGGGAAGGGUCAUUUUCGUUUUGUUCUCUUUUCACUUUGUUUUGUACGGGGCUUCUUCCUAUCUAUGAAGGUAAAAUUCUUCUGUCAGAAGUAACCAUGGUAGCAUAUGCUACUUACUGGCCCUCACUGUACAGGACCAAAUACGAUACCCAAUGGUGCAUGUUGACAUCAGUCUGGAAGACAACAGUUCUGAGUAAUUUGUGCAUGGUCAUAGGGUCCUGCCCAUAAUUCCAGCAUGCGUUUCUUCAGUUUUGUAUGUGAACUUAUGUUACAUCCAGGAUGGGCAUUAUGCAAAAGCACAAAGAAGAUCUAUGACAAUCAGUGUCAUCAUGAAAGAAGAAAAAAGGGGGGAUUCUAUAGGAUCCCCAAUAUUUACAUGAUGUGAAACAAUCCUUGCAGGAUUGGUACCAAUUAUUGAGCACUUAGAUUGUCUAUCAGUGAUUAUCAGGAUGCCAACUCUUUCUUUGAGUUAAUACUAUGUUCACAUAGAAUGCAUUUAGAUACUGUAUAGAUAUCUGUAUAUCUCUAGUGGAAAGCACCACAUAUAUAUGGUAUACUAUAUUCUCCACAUGUUGAAAACAAUGAACCUCUUUUGAUCAAUGAAAAGUUCUCUAUUUCUAAACUUAUGCAAACUUUGAAGCUGCUUGGAAAGACUCUCUUGCCUCUCGGGGAAUUAAGGCAGUAAACAUUCAGGAUGGUUCCCUCAAACUGCUAUGGGUUCUUUAGCCAUUUUCAUGGAUGAUGGGUCUUAGUCCAGUGCAUAGACAUGAAACUCAAACCAAUCAGGUGUACCAACAGGUCGUUCAUUCACUUGAAUGCUAUAACACAAAAAGGUAGAUAAUGUUUUCAUGGUUGGGAUAGAGAGAGGAGUGCUCCUCCCUCCUCCCAUAAAGAAAACAGAGGAAAAAAAAGAAAAUACAUGUUGUCAAAUCUAAGUAUUGUUGUUGUACUCAAUUUUUCCAUUUCAUAAAUGUACAUGCAUAGAUGUAUUUAUAGUUCCCAGUGCAGAGAAUGUGAUUUUUUUCUUAUGUUAUUUUAUUUCAUGUGUCACUUUAAAGUAACCUAGGAGAUGAAUGCUAUUUUAGAAUCUCCCUGAGUGCCUGUAUUUGUGUGUGUCCUCCCAAUCUUCCAUCAAGCAGCCAUACCUCAGAGAGUCUACUAGUGUUUAAUGACCUUUGACACCAGUUGUGCCAUCUGUUAGGGAUGAAAAGUGACUCUUCUUGUGUCAUUGUAUAAAGCUUUUCUUUUGCAAAGACUUUGCCGUGCUGCCCAAGAAGGCACAGAAUAGCCCUUUCCGUAGUUUUAUGUCAAAGAAAAGUCAUUUGUGUUUGAAAUGUUAUUUCUGCUUGGUAGAAACAACCAUUGGUCAAACUCCACCCAGUUCAGAUUUAAAUUGAUCAUUAGCAAUUAUCAGCCAGAUCUAUUGUGUGUAAAAAAUGAAUGAUGCAUACUGCUUGUAAACCAAGUGCUUGUGAAUUAAUCCCUUAUGGGUGGUUGCCACUCUUAGCAAGAUCUCCUUGCAAACUACCAAAACAAGUACCAGUAUCUUGAAGAUAUGUCGAAUGCUAGUAAAAUAUUAAAUCUUAAUAACUAGAGCCAUAAAUUAAUUUGAAAUUGGUAGGAAAGAGGUACAAUUUCCCUCAACCAUAUAACAAGCUAACUCCUGAAAUUGAAUUUCAUUCUUUUGGCAUUAAUAUCCAUCACCUCUCUUUGAAUUUCCCAACAGUGCAUUCAUGUAAUACACAUCAACAUUAAACGUUCUGCAUGAAGGCAUGAAUAUGGUGUUAGCACGCCUUUUUGAUGUCUGCUGCCAAGUCUUCUAAAUAUCAACUUAUUGACAUGAACUGAUAUAACUCAGUUACUGUUGUGAAGAAAUGUUGUCAAAAAGUGUCUCCUCUACCAAUACCUACUAUGUGCAUCUGCAAACUACUUAAUCAGGAAUGCUAAGUCCAUAUAAUAAGAAUAUGUACAUUCCAGUCUAACGUACUGGUCGCAAUCUUGGACCCAUGCCACGGAUUGAUCACCGAUGGGUUAAUGUGCUGGGCAAAUUGAAACAAAAGUAUUAUAAGUGAACAUCCUGUUUAUGUGAAAUGAAUUAUAGGGAAUUUCUUGCAUUUCCCCUUACUGAUCUGUUUAUCUAAUCAAUAAUGCCUUUUUAUUAAGCUGAGUGGUUUUUAGUUACUCUGUGAAUAAUUUUUACUGCUCUGCAAAUAUUUUAGUGGCCUUGAGCAAGUACAAUAUCAAAUUCUAAGUGUAUAUUUGUACAUAUUGUUCAAUACCUCAUAUUGUCCUUGCUCUGCAGUACAGUAGUGAGAGGGAUAAGUUGAUAUUUCUGUUUUAUUCCUCAUUUCUUCAUAGUUUAGUCUCUUCAUUAUUUUAAACUAUGCUAGGCUUCACUUUUUUCCCCCAGUAACUAAGAUACA